AAAAAUAUGAUCAAUUCAUACAAAAAAGUUUUUUACAAAAAUGAUCUUUUGACACAGAUUUUAUUGUCGUCAGAGAGAUCUUACUGCAUUCAAUGCGUGAUAAAACAAUCAUGUCUAAUCAGUUAACCGUUGACGAGUUCCCUCGUCGGGAGCCGUUCCUGUUCCAUCAGGUCAUGCUUAUUAUAUAAUGCAUUGUCAUCCAAACUAAAAUAUCUGCUUCAAAAUCAAGUUACAAGAUUCCACCCGAACAUAUAUAUAAUAACAUGUUACUGCAAUGGCACUAUACUUCUUCUAUUUAUUCUAAAACUAUCGAUAAAUUUAAAACCUAUGUUUGUAUGUGACUCAUAAUGGAAUUCGUGCAAUAAUGUCAUGGCGUCAGACGAGCAUUGCAUAAUUAAUUAUGUCAACUCAUAUUAUCAUGUUCUUUUUUACCUUGAAUGCGACCAUAUUUAUUUGCCGAUCUAUGUUAUAUGAACAAUUUUGUAUAGUUCGAUUAAAUCUAUAUACAUAAUUCUGUUUAAAAUAAAAAUACAUAUGUUUGUUGCUGCAGACCACACAGCACAGUUCUAAUUUGUGGAAAAGUACUUCGUUUCCGAAUAGAUACGAUCAUAUAUGGAUGUGAUCCAUUGUGACACAAUGCGGAGGAGAGGCCGCCAGAUGGAGGUUGCCGCUAGCUCGGACAAUUGCCCCAAGACGCCAAGGUCGUGAUGCGACCCAAACAAAUUUCACUUUCAAAUAAGUACUGACAAUAUUACGACGUAGAUGGUUUAUAUUUAGGUUGUAAUUUACUAGCAGCCCGUCCCGGCUUCGCUCGGAUAAAACCGUAAUAAAUUACACACGCAAAACUUGAGGAUAAAUAAAGACGAAAGGAUUUGUGUGGAAGAUAACAUUGAUUGGAGCCCUAGUAUGUUCCGUAUCCCUGGUUUGGAUAACCUUUGAUAAAUAUAACGAAGCACCUUUAGUGACCACACAAAUGACUGAAGGAGUAGCCGUAAGCAAGAUAAUAUUCCCAGCAGUGGGUAUCUGUACCAACAACCGCAUCAGCAAACGUGCUGCUACUGAACUUGCGAAGAAAUUACUUGAAGAAGAGCGUAACAAGAAAUACAGUGAAUCAGAGAUGCUGGACCUGAUCCGUGGAUUAGGUCACUUGUACAACCUGGAGCCGUCCAGCCAGAACACAGUCUCCUUUGUGCGUCUCCACGAAGCGCUGGGAGUUUAUGAUGUCAAUGUACUUAUGAAAAGUUUGACUCCUCGCUGCGACGAGCUGCUGCUGGCCUGCGCCUGGAACGAACAAGCGAAGAACUGUUCGCAGCUAUUCGACUUCCGGCUCAGUCAGGACGGCUAUUGUUGUACUUUCAAUUAUUUGAGACACUCAGACAGCAAGUUUGAAGACAACAGCGGUGGAUCACGAAGUAUAAACAUGUACAAUUACGGCAAUAAAUCAUCAUUUGAUUUUGACCAAGGCCUAAAAGUGUUGCUUCGAAUAAAUACUGAUGACGAUUUCUAUUACAACGUACCUUUGGAAGGAGCUAAAUUGCAAUUUUCUGACGCCUACGAUUUUCCUGAUGCUCCGAGCGGUAGUUUUGCAAUGCAGAUGAUUAGCCAUGGAGUUCAGAUGACGGUGGAUGUGGCAGCGACGUUCACAGAGGCGUCUCGUGACAUCCAACACGUUGCGGUGAAGCUGCGCAGGUGUCUGUUCUAUGACGAGUCUCCUUACUUGCAGUUCUACACCAGCAGCGACUGCAUGCUCAAGUGUCGCAUGCUUUUCCUGCUGGACCACUGUGGAUGUACCCCGUUCAACAUGCUGAAGAUGGACCAUGCCAGGACGUGUGAUAUGAGAGAUGUCGAAUGUUUGAGAAAGUAUUAUGUUCAGUCGAUUACAAUUCGUCCGGACAUCGAACCCAUAGCACCUGAGCUGGAGAUGGACUUGGCAGGCGGAGGUUUGCCAUGCCCCAUGUGUUUCCCCACAUGCUCCAAGACGGCAUAUAGCUACGAUUUCUAUAAUGUCAACUUUUAUCCAGAACAAUUGAACAAGGUCCCUGACUCCGAAAGAGGCGAUUGGCUGCGCGGUGCAAAUUUCACCGGAACAUCGAUACUGCACGUCAAGUACGCGAGGGAAGUCGCCGAUUGCUACGGCCAAAAUGUUAUCAUGAAAUGGUUUGAUUUGUUUAGUAAUAUUGGAUCUACCUGCGGUUUCGUCACAGGUUUCAGCUUCGUGUCUGUUCUGGAGUUCGUCUACUUCUACACGGUAAAACUAAUCCGAGACAUCACCAGCCGGCGUCGACGGGACCCUAUAAUAGUCAGUAUCGAGGAGACUUCCCAAGUUCAGACCGUGGGCCGCUACCGACCGAUAUAUUGGAAUGAACUGACCGGGGCCACUCGAUAUGGAUUCCAAGUACCUCCGGCUAGUUAAUUUUAAGUACCUUGUGAAACAUAAAUGCAGGUCAUUUAUACAUUUCAAACUAAUUAUCGUCCAUGACACGACAGAUCGCGGAUUCCCGAAUUUUCAAUUCUGUAAGCUACGAGCCCUGUGAUGCUACGAGCUUGCUACGAACAACGGCUACGACACAGAAAGCUUAAAUUGAGAUCGAAACAAUAUCAGAAAACAACAUUUGUGCAUUACAUUUCUAUUUAGAAAAAUUGUCUAGAUGUUAUAAGAGCAUAACAUCUAUAUACAUAUGUGUGGAAAUCUUUUUUUUGUACUAAUAAAUGCUAUACAAUAAACACACAAAUAUUCAA